AUGUCUGGACCAGUCGCUGAUAUGGGCCUCAUCGGCCUGGCCGUCAUGGGUCAAAAUAUCAUCCUCAAUGCAGCUGACGUCCACGGUUUCACCAUCGCCGCCUUCAACCGUACCGUGUCCAAGGUCGACCGAUUCCUGGCCAACGAGGCCAAGGGCAAGUCCAUCGUCGGUGCCCAAUCACUUGAGCAGUUCGUCGGUUUGUUGAAGAGCCCUCGCCGUGUCAUGCUCCUCGUCCAGGCUGGCAAGGCUGUCGAUGACUACAUCGAGAACCUCAUUCCCCUCCUCGAGAAGGGCGAUAUCAUCAUCGACGGUGGUAACUCUCACUUCCCCGAUACCAACCGCCGCACCAAGUACUGCGAGUCCAAGGGCAUCCGCUUCGUUGGCUCCGGUGUCUCCGGUGGUGAGGAGGGUGCCCGCUACGGCCCUUCCCUGAUGCCCGGUGGUAACGAGGAGGCCUGGCCCCAUCUUAAGGACCUUUUCCAGAGCAUCGCCGCCAAGAGCGACGGCGAGGCCUGCUGCGACUGGGUCGGUGACGAGGGUGCCGGUCACUACGUCAAGAUGGUCCACAACGGUAUUGAGUACGGUGACAUGCAGCUUAUCUGCGAGGCCUACGACAUCAUGAAGCGCGGUCUCGGUAUGUCCAACAAGGAGAUUGGUGACGUUUUCACCAAGUGGAACAAGGGCGUUCUUGACUCUUUCCUGAUCGAGAUUACCCGCGACAUCAUGUACUUCAACGACGACGAUGGCACUCCUCUCGUCGAGAAGAUCCUCGACCAGGCUGGCCAGAAGGGUACCGGCAAGUGGACUGCCGUCAACGCCCUUGACCUUGGCAUGCCCGUCACUCUUAUCGCCGAGGCUGUCCUUGCCCGCUGCCUGUCCGCCAUCAAGGAGGAGCGUACCAAGGCCUCUGGUCUCCUUCAGUACGUUGGCCGCAACAGCAAGUUCGAGGGCAACAAGGAGCAGUUCAUCGACGACCUCGAGCAGGCUCUGUACGCCUCCAAGAUCGUCUCCUACGCUCAGGGCUUCAUGCUGAUGCAGGAGGCCGCUAAGGAGUACGGCUGGAAGCUCAACAAGCCCUCCAUUGCCCUCAUGUGGCGUGGUGGCUGCAUUAUCCGCUCCGUCUUCCUCAAGGACAUCACCAACGCUUACCGCAGCAACCCCGACCUCGAGAACCUCCUCUUCGACGACUUCUUCAACAAGGCUAUCCACAAGGCCCAGCCCGGCUGGAGAGACGUCGUUGCCAAGGCUGCCCUCCUCGGUAUCCCGACUCCUGCCUUCUCCACCGCCCUGUCUUGGUUCGACGGCUACCGCACCAAGGACCUCCCUGCCAACCUUCUCCAGGCCCAGCGUGACUACUUCGGUGCUCACACCUUCCUGGUCAAGCCUGAGUUGGCCAACGAGAAGUACAAGGCUGGCGAGUACCACCACGUUAACUGGACCGGUCGCGGAGGCAACGUCUCUGCUUCUACUUACAACGCUUAA